CCAUGCUGUGUGAAAGGUUCUGUCACUUCCUGUACUUUAUCAAUCAGAAUUCUGACAAUGUCAUAUUCUUGAUGAUGUCAUAAACACCAUUCUGAGGGGAAUGUGAUGUCACUGCCUGUACUUUAUCAAUCAGAAUUCUGACAAUGUCAUAAUGUUGAUGAUGUCAUAAACACCAUGCUGUUUGAAAGGUUCUGUCACUUCCUGUACUUUAUCAAUCAGAAUUCUGACAAUGUCAUAAUGUUGAUGAUGUCAUAAACACCAUUCUGAGGGGAAUGUGAUGUCACUGCCUGUACUUUAUCAAUCAGAAUUCUGACAAUGUCAUAAUGUUGAUGAUGUCAUAAACACCAUUCUGAGGGGAAUGUGAUGUCACUGCCUGUACUUUAUGACAUCUAUGUCACAUCUAUGACAUACUUCAACUCUUCAAUCCAACAUCUGAAUAAUUUACAACUGAGCUUCGUGUACAGAGCCCAGAAAAAAAAACUUGUUGAAAAAUGGAUAUGGACUUGGAAGCAGUUAUUCAACAACUUGAAGGCAUUAAUAUCCAACUGCAAAGGUAUCAGAAACAAGAUCAGAAAAAACAACUGGCAGAGCACCAUGAAAAUAGCCGAACUCAAAAAGGAUUGGAUGCAAUGUCCAUGGCUAUGAAAGUGGCAAACGAAGCCAUUUUAAUAGCCAAGGAAGCUUUGGGAAAAGAACUUCAGGAGCUAAACCAUAUGCGACCUGACAAAGCCUGGGAUGAGAAGUGUAAGAACAUCAAGGCAGAGCACUUAGCAGCAAGCCAGCAAAACGAGGCACUGCAAAAACAAAUUCAGGAGCUCAGGAAAAUACUCAAAAAUGAACCAGCUUUGGAGGAAAUGUGUAAGGUCAUGAAGGAGGAAACUGAGGUCGUGAGGCUCCAAAAUUACAGCAUACAAGAGGAGAUCCAGGAGCUCAAAGAAAAGUGCAGAAAUUUAAAUGCAUUGGAUGAAAUGUAUAAUCAACUGAUAGCAGAGAAUGUGGCGAUUAGCCAGCAAAAUGACAACCUGAGACAAGAGAUUCAGGAGAUAGCCAAAGAUCUCCGUAAUGAAAAGGCUCUAGAGAAAAUGAUUGAUCAAAUGGAAGUGUCAAAAGUGGCCAUCAGCCAGCAGAACGCUGCACUGAAAGAACAACAGCAGAAGCUCUACAAAGAUUAUGAAGAUCAAAAGAUUUUCAGUGUCAUGUAUAGGGAGAAGUUGCACAUCGUGGAAGGUAUGCGCCACCAAAAUAAAAACAUCAAAAUAUGCAUUCAGAGCCUUACCAGAAGGAUCCAGAACAGAAAAGCCAUGAAGGACAAGUAUAAAGCCCUGAAAUCAGAAAAAAAAGAUGUUUCUGCUAAACAAAAUGAGCUUAUUAAACAACGUCAUUUGCUCUUCUCAAAGUACGAUAGCAUGCCAGUCUAUGAAGGCAAGUUUGGUCCACUGAGAGAGGAGACUGAAGCCUUAAGACAAAACAACAAUGAACUCCAUCGAGAAAUCAAACAGUGCAUUGAGGAGAUGGAAAACAAAACUGUCAUAGAGGAAAUGUAUAAAGCAAUGAAAGUAGAGAAAAAGAAUCUAACUCAGCGUAAUAACAUCCUGAAAAAAGAAAUUCAGAAGGUGGAGAAAAGGCUUGUAAAGGAACAAGCUUUGGUAGACAGGAAUAAUGUCAUGAAAGAAGAAAAUGAAGCCUUGAGCCAACAAAACUACACAUUACAACUCGAGGUUGAAGAGCUCUACGCCAGACUACAAAGUGAACAAAUGCUGGAGGUCAUGAAUAAAUCGCUGACAAUGGAAAAAGAUGCCAUGGGCCGACAAAAGGACGUACUUCGACAAGAGGUCCAGGAGCUCAAUGAAAAGUUGAACAGCAAAAAAGCUUUAGAAAGUGCGGGCAACGCGAUGAAGGCUGAGAAAGAGAACAUCGGCCAAGAGCCCUCCGCACAUACGAUGCUUAGCUCACCUGUGAGGCUGGGAAAAUUCCAGCCUCACACAAAAAGGUGCUGGUUCAAUUCCUGGGCCUGACUCUUUUUGUGUAGAGCUGGAUUUUUGUCUGCGUUUCUGUGUGGAGUUUGUAUGUUUUUCCCCGUGUCUGUGCGGAUUCUCCCGGGUGCUCCGGCUUCCCCUACAUCAUAAAACACAUUUAUAAUAUAGAUUCUAAAUUGGCCUAAAAAAAACAAACAAUACCUAAAAUCAGGGCAGCACGGUGGUGCAGUGGUUAGCACUGUCACCUCAGAGCAAGAAGGUCCAGGGUUCAAACCUUGGUCGUCUGCUUUUCUGUGUGGAGUUGUAUGUUUCUCCCCGUGUCUGCGUAGGUUCGCUCCAACUUCUCCUACAUCAUAAAACAUAUUUAUAAUAUAGAUUCUAAAUUGGCCU